UAUGUCUAGUUUAAAUGAUGAAGAAAGCGAUGUAUAAGAUGUUGAUAUAAUUGAUGAAUAUAUUAGUAAUUACACUAGUUAAAAAUCAAGUCAACAUCCUUAUUAAGAAUCACCAGAUGAUUAUGAAAGAGUAGUUGAUGAAGAAGUUAAAUCAGAAGAUAAUAAUCGAUCACAUUAGGAAUCUGUUUCUAAUAAAUUUUAACUUAAUUAGAGAUAAAUUUUGAAUUGGAGAACUGCUGAAGAUGAAGAAUUUGUUAAAUUAUGCAUGAUGUAGGGAUCAAUGAUGAAUGAAAAAAUAAUGAAUUAAAGAAAGAAGCUUAAGGAUCAUUUCAAAGAAUUUUAGAAUGUAAUUUUAUUAAAUAUCAUUUAUAGACUAUAAAUGCUGCAAGAAGUAAUUUAAAAGAUUAUGAUAUGCCAUAUCAAACUGCUCACUUUCCUUUAUAUCUAAAGACCUAAGAAAAAUUUGUGAUUUUACCAGCUUAAAAUCUCAAUAUUAGGAAAGGAACAUUAGAAUCAUUCAUUAAGACAAAUUUGGAAAAUGAAAACUCUGUGAAGAAGGCAGAAUAAGAUAGAAGAGUGGCAUUUAAAUAGCGUAGACCAUAUUAGAAAAGAAAAUUCGAUUCUUGAG